UCCAUCGCCAUCCCGAGGCGGCUCGCCCGCCCCAAGUACAAGCGCGUGCCGAUCGAGAAGGCGCUCUUCAUGAACGAGGACUUGAAGGACGUCCCGAUCGAGUACAUCCAGGAUGAGUUGGCGCGUAACGGGGACAAGUUGCUCAGCGUUCUCGAGCACGUCGAGGUUACCCCUCCCCUCCCCACUUCCAUCCCCGAGGAGAUCACCGUCGACGUCAGCGACGCCUCCGCCGACCUCCCCACCCACAUGCUCGCCGUCUACAAGAAGGACCUCCCCGAGGGCCAGCGCAACAUUAUCACCAUGCUCGCCGCGCACCAGUGCAUCUGGGACACCAACUGCGCCCACCUUCCGUCCCUCCCGCCCUCCACGCCCACUGUUUCCGCGAUUCCGACGCCGGAGGCGCCCGCCCGUAUCACCGUCCCCGUCGUCCCGCUUGGCCUCCCGAGCCCGGAGCACUUCCGCGAGCUCAUGUGCUACAUGUACACCAAGCGCGCCGACGAGCUUCUCUCCGAGCUCCUCCCUGCACCACCACCGAGCGCAACGCAGGGCCAGGACGCGAUGGACCGCUACGCGCGCAGCCUCGCCCGCGAAUAUGAGCGCGCCGACCUUCUCAAGCGCAUGUCGCGCGUGCAGGGUGUCUGGCGCAACGCCUGCGCGUUGGGCGUGUUCGACGACGGGCUGUGGGGCAUGCUCGACCUCGCCUGGGACGUGUACGGCAAGGCCGUCAUGACCGACGUUCCCGACAAAGCGACGCCUGUCUGGGAGCCUUCGCUGCAGUCGGUCUCGUUCCGGUGA